UACCUCGGAGACAGGUUCUAGGACACCUGAAACUCCGGAGUCCCUGUCAAUGUGCGUUUACUGUUACAGCAGGAGGUAUUGUGAGAGGAGCUGUGAGCAAGCUGAAGAUGUCGAUCGCUGCCCAGUCUGACAGGACCUCUGUUGCUCCUGUUCAACAAUGGAUGGGUCCUGUGGUCAACACGCUGCUCAAGACCAAGCGGAAAGCAGCUGACGACACAUCUCGUAGCCCCAAGGUCACCCCGGGAAAGAGGAAAUCGUUGACUGAGUCACCGGCUGAGAAUGAUCCCGAGUCUCCUCCAGAAGAUCACAGUCCAGGAGCCCCAACUUCAAACUCUGCAGUUUGCUGCUCGGAUGAGGGGAUUGGGAGUCCGUCUGCUUUCCUGGACCCAUCACCAGAAGGAGCCAUUGUGUCAGCAGGGGGCAGUAACACUCCACUUCCCUCCACAGUGAUGAGGCGUGGAAGCUGGAGGGCAGCAUGUGAACAGACUCAAAGAGUUCUACCCAAGACAGAAGCCAGUCCUUGGCACUGGGGCCACCGAACGGGCAUCCGGAAAUCACUACAAUGCUUCGCCCUCAACAGAGGCAAAGAUUCAAAAUUAACCCCCCCAUUCAAUUUGAUGUCCAAAGGCGUGAGAGCGACUUGCUGUGAUUUGCCGACCUCGACUGUGGCUGGAAUUCUGGACAGAUCCACUUUGGCUGGGAAAGAUGCCCUUUUGACCCCUGUGCCACACAAGAGCGGCCCAUUGGUUAGUGGGUUUAUCAAUAAGUCUGAAUCAGAAGGUUAUGCUUCUCAUCAUCUGUCAUCUCAACUGGAAUUCAAUAUCUCAUCGGAUGCUGAACUGAGCAAGAGCAAAGGAGCUCUUCUGCAGGACAGCCUUGGUCUACUAAUAAGCUCAUUGGACCCUGUAUUCGAUGCCAAAAAGCCUCAACAGCCAAGAGUUGCUGGCACUCCAGGGUCAAAGGUAGCCGAGUGCGAUCAAGCGUGGAGAGGGCACGAUGGUAUUUUCAAAUUGGACCUUGGUUUCUCUGUUGGCUCUGAUAUCUCCACACCAUAUUUUCUUCAAGGGCCUCACUGUAGUUCGGUUCCAGAUGGCAAGGUGAUUCGGCGAUCGUUAAGUUUGCCCGAGGCCAUUUCAGAGAGCAACGGCAUCGGGUCUGCCAAGGGAGAUGUCGAGGCACGGUUUGUGGAGGAUCUUGAUGUCUACCAAAAGACCCAGGAUGGCGAUAAUGAUGCCUUACCUGUGGAGAAUUCUCGAAAUUUCAAUGGAGAACACAAAAUGCAAUCGGUGCCGAGUGUUGAAGCUCGCCAUCCCUCUACGAAAGAGGAAGAUAGCUCAAGGGGCAGGAACCGAAACUCUGAAAUGACCCAGGGAUUGCCUAGGCCUUUCAUUGUCCUCACAGAAGAAGACUAUGGAGAAAACUGCGUCCUCCACUCUGUGUGCGAUGCAGGAGACAGAUUCAGGUCUGCGGAGAAGCGCACACUUGGAUCCUGUGACUCAGUUACUUAUACGAGUGGGAAGCCGUCUCCGCAGCCAAGCAUAAUGGAACUUGCCCGCGUAUCUGUGACUGAAUGCAUCCGUAAACUCAACAAGCUCUCUGCGAAAAGACCGAGUGCAAAGCACAGUUUCUCAAAGGUCCCACUGAGUUCCGAGCAAACUCCACAUCAGUCCUCAGUUUUCAGAUUUACCCAGCAUGCAAGUACACUGUUCGGAAAGAAAUCCGUGGGAGGCAAGCAUCAAGGAGCAAAGCCACCCAUGAGAAGGUCACUAAGUCUUGAGAGUGCUUGUAAAAAUCUAAAGGGGCUAGAAGAUGACUGUGCUCUCUCACAUGAUAAAAGUGACUCCUACUUACCCGAAACCAAUAACCCAGACGGCUCGGGGGUCUCAGAACAGCAUCUCUCCGGCAACACAAAAAGCUCAACUCUCUAUUCACCUCAAAGAAAGAUGUCUAGGCCGAGCCCAGUGAGAAGGCCUGUCUUGGAGGAGAGCAGGAAGCAAACGUCCCCAGACAGGUCUGGGACUGGGGUACGGCCUCACUAACCCUGAAAAGGAGGAUGGCCAACAGUGUGUGCAAACACUUGGAUUACAACUCCACUUCUAAUUCUGAAGCCAUGUAUUAAAUCCAUCAUUUUAGAUGGAAAUUACAAUAUCAAGUCUCUGGGUUUGGGGAGAAAAACAUAGUUUUUUUUUAAAAUUAAUUUUAAUUUGAGUAGACUAACGUGACAGGGAGAAAGAUAGAGGGCGGGAUUUUCACCCACCUGCCUCUGUGAUCUUCCAGUCCCGCUGCAAGUCAAUGGACUUUUGGCUGGGGCACCGCCUUGCCCACAGCAGGGGCUGGAAAAUCCCGGCCAGGGUCUGUCUCUCUCUCUCUCUGGGUUUAUAGUACAGUGGGAGAUUCACGCAAAGCAUAACUAAUGAACACAUCAGGGCUUAUUGUACAAAUGAAGCCUUGAGAAGAUUUUUGUUUGUUAUUUCUUUGCCAGUUACAUUGGAUCUUGAGGCAUUAUGAAUGUUUGGGUUUUCAUUACAAGGCGUAGCUGCCCUUUUCAUCAAAUUUCAAUGUAGAUUUUCCUGAACUGUUUAAGUGUUUCUUGUUUUUUUUUAAACAAUGUGCCAUCCAUCAGGCAAGGGAGCCAGUAACUAGGCCUCUGCAAUGUCCCGCUAUAGCCUCUUGCGAAGAAGGCUGGUGAGGUUGGCAUGGAGCGACUUCCACGGCCUCUCCCUCAGGGCUGGUAGGACAAUUCAUCGUCUACUCCACAUGUCUGUAGGGCAGAGCCGAGAACUACGGAGAAAAUUACAGGAGCAACUUGUGUCUUAUUGCUUUGUUGUUCUAUGCUACCGUUUUCUUAGAUACGUUUGACCAAGUGACCCUUGGAGUUGGAGCAUUUAUCAGCUUUAAAAGUGACGGUGCGAAUACUUAAAUCUAAACCCCGUGCAUUUUUCUCUCGACAUCAAUCCAAAUAAAUUCUUGAAAAUC